AUGACCGGUUUCGUGCAAUGCGUCCGAGAUGUCCUUGGGGUUGAAGUUUUGAACUUGUCCCCUUUAUGUGCUCCAAAUGUGCCCUGUGGGAAACAUGGAGGAAUGGGUAAAGUGAAAGGCAUACUCGAAAUGCUCGGAAAAUCACGAUCAAUCGACAAAGGGGUAACCGUGGAGAAGGAACGACAACUCAUAGCUGCCGUCGGGCUGUUUAAAGUGCAGGGCACGUGCUCGUUCGACGUGUCAUGGAACCACGCACGGUACGUUACAACGGCGAAUGCUAAUCCGGUUUCCGAGACUGUGUAA